AUGUUCACCAUCCUUCACAUCGACUCAACUUCUGACAAAGGCAAAAGUAUCUUUAGACCCUUCAAAAUCAGAAGAGGUCUGGUUCAUGGGCCUCAUUUUGAAAGUGACUACUUAUCAAAAUAUUCUGAAAUCCAAUUAGGCUUUGGAGAAAUGUUUUCAAUUCAUCUGAGAGACAGUACCAAUAGCACCAAAUGGUUUGAGUUGAAGAGUAACAAUCUAUACAAAAGUCCUCAGAACUUCGAAAAAGUUCAAAGAAGUUUUGAACGUAAAAUGAAUUCUAAUGCCAUUGUAAAAGAGGUAGGCUCCGGAUUUAAAAUUUAUAUUUCUAGAGUUGGUGACGAUGUAAACCUGUCUUAAAACUGCCUACUUUCAGGCCUACUCAACACUUCCAACCCUCAAACCAUUCUUCGAAGCAGCCUUACAAUGCGCUGAAGAAACUUAUCGUCAAAAGCACACAAAAGACAUGUGUAUGACACCAUUAGAUUGUGAUUACAAAAUCACGAAUUCAAUCCCUUGUGUUGUUAUGAAGCCAAAAUUCAAAAGAUUCGAUAACGGGAAAGGCGUCGUCUUACAUAUGGCGACACGAAAAGAGUUUGUUGAUAGGAGUGAUUGUAGCUUGAUCUAUUAG